AUGACAGGAUGUGAACCAGUGACCAGCUUAAGGAAGAACUUCGGGUCUGGCUGCUGUCCUGGGCCGGAGGGACAGGAAUUCCUUGUCCCUGAGGUCCCGCUACAGGAACCAGUCGAGCAGAACACACCUGGAACGAAAUCUCUCCUCUUGCAUAUAUUAUUACCGGCUUAUGAUCCCUUGUUACUUGCGCCGCGCCCGUUUCAAGGUCAGGGGCGGUCCCGUGUACAAGUAGCUCCGGGCGGCCCGAAAUCCCUGUCCCUGCAGCACCAGAUUUCCUUCCUGAAGAUUUCCUUCCUUCCCUGUCCCGAUCCUCAGCACGAAAUCCCUGUCCCUGGAUUCCUUCCUAAUCCUGAAAUCCCCUGGCAGCACCGAAAUCCCUCCCUCAGUGCCCUGGAUUUCCUUCCUCGAAAUCCCUGUCCUGAUUUCCUUCCUCAGAAAUCCCUGUCCCUGGAUCCUUCCUCAGCACCGAAAUCCCUUCCCUGGAUUUCCUCCUCAGCACCCAAAUCCCUGUCCCUGAUUUCCUUCCUCACCUCCUCCUCAAAUCCCUGUCCCUGGAUUUCCUUCCUCAGCACCGAAAUCCCUGUCCCUGGAUUCCUUCCUCAGCACCGAAAUCCCUGCCCUGGAUUUCCUUCCUCAGCACCGAAAGAUUUCCUUCCUCAGCACCGAAAUCCCUGUCCCUGGAUUUCCUUCCUCAGCACCGAAAUCCCUGUCCUGGAUUUCCUUCCUCAGCACCGAAAUCCCUGCCCUGGAUUUCCUUCCUCAGCACCGAAAUCCCUGUCCCUGGAUUUCCUUCCUCAGCACCGAAAUCCCUGUCCCUGGAUUUCCUUCCUCAGCACCGAAAUCCCUGUCCCUGGAUUUCCUUCCUCAGCACCGAAAUCCCUGUCCCUGGAUUUCCUUCCUCAGCACCGAAAUCCCUGCCCUGGAUUUCCUUCCUCAGCACCGAAAUCCCUGUCCCUGGAUUUCCUUCCUCAGCACCGAAAUCCCUGUCCCUGGAUUUCCUUCCUCAGCACCGAAACGAAUUUCCUUCUGCACCGAAAUCCCUUCCCUGGAUUUCCUUCCUCAGCCCCGAAAUCCCCUGGAUUUCCUUCCUCAGGAAAUCCCUGUCCUGGAUUUCCUUCCUCAGCACCGAAAUCCUGUCCCUGGCCUUCCUCAGCACCGAAAAAUUUCCUUCCUCAGCACCGAAAUCCCUGUCCCUGGAUUUCCUUCCUCAGCACCGAAAUCUUUGGCCCUGGAUUUCCUUCCUCAGCACCGAAAUCCCUGUCCCUGGAUUUCCUUCCUCAGCACCGAAAUCUUUGGCCCUGGAUUUCCUUCCUCAGCACCGAAAUCCCUGCACCGAAAUCCCUGUCCCUGGAUUUCCUUCCUCAGCACCAAAAUUCCUUCCUCAGCACCGAAAUCCCUGUCCCUGAUUUCCUUCCUCAGCACCGAAUCCUGUCCUGGAUUUCCUUCCUCAGCACCGAAAUCCCUGUCCCUGGAUUUCCUUCCUCAGCACCGAAAUCUUUGGCCCUGGAUUUCCUUCCUCAGCACCGAAAUCCCUGUCCCUGGAUUUCCUUCCUCAGCACCGAAAUCCCUGUCCCUGGAUUUCCUUCCUCAGCACCGAAAAUUUCCUUCCUCAGCAACGAAUCCCUGCCCCUGGAUUUCCUUCCUCAAGCACCGAACUCUCCCAUUAUUUCUCUAUCGUUACCUAGGACUCCCCUUCGAAUGGCGACCAACAAAUCAGUUGCUUGGGAGGCCGAAAGUGGCUCAGUAGGACGACCGGCACCCGUGGCGCGAGAGCUCUCCGCCGGUCACUCGGAGGUCAACGGCGCAGGCAAAAGUCCGGCGGAUUCUCGCUGCGCUGACGGAGGAGGCGGAGGGUCUCGGAUUCGGAGAAAAAAGGCCAUUUGA